UAUGUACAUUCGCAGGAAACUUUAAACGAAGGUAUAAAAUUACCAGCUUCUAGCAAACGAGGAAAUGAAACAACUGAAAAAGACAUUUCUAAACGUAAAAAGGUUAAAAAGACAAGAAAGAGCGUGAAAAGUGAUCUUCAACCAGGAAACGGAAGAUCUUCCGAGUCUCCUCUCUCUGAUGAGA